AUGCAAUCUAGAUUAGAAAGAUUAACCACUUUACAAACCGUCGCCGGUAACGAAUUAAGAAGAACUUCUAUCAUCGGUACCAUUGGUCCAAAGACCAAUGACCCAGAAGUCUUAGUCAACUUAAGAAAGGCUGGUUUAAACAUCGUUAGAAUGAACUUCUCUCACGGUUCUUACGAAUACCACCAAUCUGUCAUUGACAACGCCAGAAAGUCUGAAGAAUUAUACCCAGGUAGACCAUUAGCUAUUGCUUUAGACACCAAGGGUCCAGAAAUCAGAACUGGUACCACCAUUAACGAAGUUGACUACCCAAUCCCACCAAACCACGAAAUGAUCUUCUCUACUGAUGACAAAUACGCUAAGGCUUGUGAUGACAAGGUCAUGUACGUUGAUUACAAGAACAUCACCAAGGUUAUCUCCAAGGGUAGAGUUAUCUACGUUGAUGACGGUGUUUUAUCUUUCGAAGUCUUAGAAGUCGUUGAUGACAACACCUUAAAGGUUAAGUCCUUAAACGCUGGUAAGAUCUGUUCCCACAAGGGUGUUAACUUACCAGGUACCGAUGUCGAUUUACCAGCUUUAUCCGAAAAGGACAAGGCUGAUUUAAGAUUCGGUGUCAAGAAUGGUGUCCACAUGGUCUUCGCUUCUUUCAUCAGAACCGCUCAAGAUGUUUUAACCAUCAGAGAAGUCUUAGGUGAAGACGGUAAGGACGUCAAGAUCAUCGUUAAGAUUGAAAACCAACAAGGUGUUAACAACUUCGAUGAAAUCUUAGCUGUCACUGACGGUGUUAUGGUUGCUAGAGGUGAUUUAGGUAUUGAAAUUUUAGCUCCAGAAGUCUUAGCUGUCCAAAAGAAAUUGAUUGCCAAGUGUAACUUAGCCGGUAAGCCAGUUAUCUGUGCCACCCAAAUGUUAGAAUCUAUGACUUACAACCCAAGACCAACCAGAGCUGAAGUUUCCGAUGUUGGUAACGCUAUCUUAGAUGGUGCUGACUGUGUUAUGUUAUCUGGUGAAACUGCCAAGGGUAACUACCCAAUCAACGCUGUUGAAACCAUGGCUGCUACCGCUGUCAUUGCUGAACAAGCCAUUGCUUACUUACCACAAUACGAUGACAUUAGAAACUGUACUCCAAAGCCAACUUCUACCACUGAAACUGUUGCUGCUUCUGCUGUCGCCGCUGUUUUCGAACAAGAUGCUAAGGCUAUCAUUGUCUUAUCUACUUCCGGUAACACUCCAAGAUUAUUAUCUAAGUACAGACCAAACUGUCCAAUCAUCUUAGUUACCAGAAACCCAAGAGCUGCUAGAUUCUCUCACUUAUACAGAGGUGUCUUCCCAUUCGUCUACGAAAAGGAAGCUGUUGCUGACUGGACCGAAGAUGUUGAAGCUAGAAUCAACUUCGGUAUUGAAAGAGCCAUUGAAUUCGGUAUCUUAAAGAAGGGUGACACUUACGUUUCUGUUCAAGGUUUCAAGGCUGGUGAAGGUCACUCCAACACUUUACAAGUCUCUACUGUUUAA